UUUUUCUUAAUUACCACGCACAUUCAUAAAUAAUGAACUUUAUAUUUUUUUCUCACAGACAAAACUAUUCUUUAAAAAUGCCGAAAAAAAGAAAUAAUACUAAAAGUUCUACUUCAGUUAGAAGGUCAACUCGCAUUAAACGCAAAGACGAACAACUAUUAAAAGAAGCAGCUUUUCAAGAAGUUUACCCUGAAUAUAAUAAAGAAACUCAACCUGCAUUUUCAUUAUAUAAAAAACGUGCAAAAUCUUUUUCUCCCGUUCAUAAAAGUAAAAAGGUUCGCAAUGAAGAUGAAAAACAACAACAAAUAGAAGAAAUGAAAAUGGAUGUUAUUCCAUAUAAUGACAGUCAGGAAUCAGAAACUAUCAAAAGAAGUAACAAAGGGAAAAACAAAGUUAUUGAACCGUAUUACGAAGAUAAUAUAGAAGUCGCGCCAAGCACUAGUUUCAUGUCAGUCGUGCCAAGCGCUAGUUUCAUGUCAGACGCGCCAAGUACUAGUUUCAUGUCAGACGCGCCAAGCACUAGUUUCAUGUCAGACGCACCAAGUGCUAGUUUCAUGUCUCUUAAAAGUCUGUUUAAUGAAAAAUUGAGUAUGGCCACUUCUUCGAGCAAUAUCCCAAAAUAUGAUGGUUCUGAUACGAUGAAUAUUGAUGAAACUGAUUCAAUUGUUCAAGAAAAAUGGGAAAAGAUCAAAGCACAACUCUUUGAAGUUCCCAGAGAGCCGUUUCCAGAAUAUCAUGACUAUCAAGAAAGGAUGUUUACUAGGCAACCUUGGAUGAAAAAAAAAGAUGUGGAUUAUCUUCAAAAAUUAUUCUCAGAUCCCAAAUCCAUGGUCGCUAAGAAACAAUUGAAAUCACUUUUUAAUUUUCAAGUAUACAAUAAGUUUUCGGAUGAACAAAAAAGUCGUCUCUUGAAACUUAUACCGAAUUGCGAAUUAGUACCAAUUGCGAGCGAUAAUGGAGAACCUAUUGACACUCCAAGAAUUGAACGAGAAUAUACGGCCGCGGGAAAAGAACUUUAUAUGCCGGGUGUAUCUGAACCGGUUAAAGAACUUGAUCCAAAUAAAGUUUGUCCUCGAUUUGAUUUUUGGCUUUCAGAUUCUUUCAAAGAUGCUCGAUGGUGGUUCCAAACGAGCGUUAGAUAUGGAUAUAAUACUUCAUAUGGAGUCGAUACACAAUGGGAUAAUCUUGAAAAUUUUAAGACCAAAGUUCCCAAGAAUUGGAAGAGUGAUGAUUAUGAACAAGAGUGGGGACUCGGACUUUGGGGAAAAUUAGGAAAGAAACAAGUUGCAGGUGAUUCCGCAAAGAUUUCUCUUCCCGAAAUGGCCAAAGCACAGAUCAUUAGACUGAACGAUACAUUAAAAUAUAAACGACAAUUUAAAAACAUUGGGAUAACAGUUUUGAUGGAUUUGAAGGUUGUUGGCAUUAAUAAAUCAAAUGGUCAUUUGAAACUUGAGUUAUUUAAAGGGGAACAAAGCAAAACCAUAGAUGGUAUAAAUAAUCCAACUCGUCUGGAAAAUGAAGUUUUAGAUUUUGACGGACGUGUUGCAAAAAGUUCUCGUCCUAAUGGUAAUGCCUUUAAAAACUUUAGCAUUGCAAGGUCAGGAGAUUAUUCCCCGAGUUUAUUCGAGGCAAGAAAAGAAUAUUGGGCGAAAAAUCAAUAAUUUUUGUUUUAUUGUACAUAAAUUUCUUUUUUUUUUCUUUCUGCUUUUCUCCUUUGUAUAUAUGAUAUUCUGAAUAUGUAAUAGUGAUUAAAUAUGAGAUAUUUGCAUAAUAAAGAAUAAUAUGUGAUAUCCGGAUAAGAUUGGUA